GCCCAGCCCAGCCCAGCCCAGCCCAGCUCAGCAUGACCGUCCCCGGGGUGCUGCUCACCCUGCUCCUGCUGCAAGGGGCUGCUGGUGACUCUGUGACUCUGAAGGAAGGAGAAAACCUAAAUCUUCACUGCAGCUUCAGCACCCUCAGCAGCACCAGCUCUACCCUGCAGUGGUUAAACCCCGAUGGUUUCACCAUUUUCCUCAACGCUCAGCAGGCUUUAAGAGACCAGAGGUACAAACUCCUCCAUUACUCCAAGGAUGAACUGUCCAUCCAGCUGUGCAACGUGACUGUGCAGGAUGAAGGAAUUUACAGCUGCUUCUCCUACAGCAGCCACUUCCAGAGCAGGAGGCACAAUGUUCAGGUUUUGGCUGCUCCUUCCCAUCCAGUGCUGGAAGUGUCCCAGGAUGAAGGAAGAGGCAUCAAACUCUCCUGCUACACCCAGGGCAGCAAACCCCAGCCCCAGAUUUCCUGGCUGUUGGACAAUGGGAUAGAGCUCACAGGUGACACCAAACACCAGCUGGGAGCUGAUGGGAAGAAAUGGAGCACAAGCAGCACGCUGAGGAUCCUCAGCUACAGCCCCCAAGGGACAGCCAGCUGCAUCCUCCAGCACCCUGCUCUGGGAGGAGAGAGGCUGAUGGCAUCUCUCCCCUUCCAGGACCUGCCCAGCGCGGGCUGCAAACAACCAACCAGACUUUCAGAGGGUGCAGAAGGUCCCAGCACUUCAGAGAAUCCAGCAGUUCCCAGUUCUCCAGAGAAUCCAGCAGGUACCAGCCCUUGUGCAUCCCCAGGGAAUCCAGAAGAUUCCAGCCCUUCUUCCUCCCCAGAAGAUGCAGAGGUUCCCAGCCCUUCUUCAUCCCCAGUAGAUGCAGAAGUUUCCAGCCCCUCUGCAUCCCCAAAAUAUCCAGGAGUUUCCAGCCCCUCUGCAUCCCCAAAUGAUCCAGGAGUUUCCAGUUCCUCCACAUCCCCAAAAUAUCCAGAAGAUUCCAGCCCUUCUUCCUCCCCAAAAGAUCCAGAAGUUUCCAGCCCUUCUUCAUCCCCAAAAGAUCCAGAAGAUUCCAGCCCUUCUUCCUUCCCAGAAGAUGCAGAGGUUCCCAGCCCUUCUUCAUCCCCAAAAGAUCCAGAAAUUUCCUCCUCCCCAAAAGAUGCAGCACCAACACCAACCCAGCCAAACCUCACAGAUGUCACAUCAAACGGGCCUGAAGAAACAACAACAGCAGAAGAAUUGGGAGGUUCAUCCAGUUCUGGGGGUUCCAAUGGGACUGAAACAACUCCCAGUGGAAAUGUCACCGAGGAGGAACCUCCCAGGACAGAGGUGCCACCUCCACAUGAAAAUACAACAGGGAUUCCCACCCCCACCCUUGAGCGAGAUCCUGAAUUCAAAGGCAUCAUAAAGAAGGAGAAGAAUCUCCUGCUGCCCAUCCUGGUGGCUGCUCUGAUUUUUGUGCUGCUCAUCAUUGUCCUGCUUUUCAUGGUGAAGCUGAAGAAAGCCCAUGGAGUGUGGAAGAGAGAAAAUGAUGUUUCAGAGCAGACACUGGAGAGUUAUAAAUCCAGAUCUAACGAAGACAGUCCAGGCCAUGAGAGGAAUGGACAAGCUGUAAAUCCCAAAUCCAACAUGCAGUAUAUAACAGAAGGACAUGUGGAAACCCCAGAGAAGAAUCCAGAAACCCCAGAGAAGAAUCCAGGUGACAAAACCAUGGCAAUAAGUGAGAAAAUGUUUCAGUGUGGAAGGGAGACAGAUGUAUAAGUGGAAAAGGUGCAGCUUGCUGAUAUUUGUAUUAAAGUUGCCUGGGGUUCUGAUUUCAAGGAGCAGAAGGGACAAAGGGCUCCAUCCCAAAGUCCCUGGGGGUGGUUUUGUCACCUGGACUGAUUGCCCUGGAACCCUCAGGGGAUUUCAGGACCAGCUCAUCACCCCCAGCAGCAGUCAGGGCCCUGGGAAGACAUCUGGGCACAAAUGAAGAGAUUUGUGAUCGGUUUUGUCACCUCCUCUGUGACACGGGGCUGAGCAGGGAACCCCAGCUGCUACAAACCAACUGUGACCCCAAAACCUGGACUUCCAGCUGGACUGAACCAAGCUGGGAAGCAGCCUGAUGUCCAAAGGGUUCAAUUUAAAAUAAAAACAGAAAUCCAACCCAAAUUAUUCUAUGAUUUGUGGAUUCUGUGAAGUCUCCAGAUGUGAAGGGGAUGUUCCACAUGGGACUGCCCAAAUCCUGGGAUCAGGACUGGGAGUUCCCCAGGACUUUACAGGAACCCUUGCUGUUCCAGAAGGGUAAAAACAAAUCCCUAAAAUAAAGGAAAUGUUAAUUUCAAAACCCAAAACCUCCCUGGCAGCUCAGGGCUCUGCCACCCCCGUGGGAAGGAAGUUCUUCCCCUCCAGUUCCUCCCUGGCUUUCCUGCACCGAGAAGCCCAAACCGGACACUGUAAAUCUCAUUGAUCUCAUUAAAUAAAACUCACUCAACAUUAUUA